AUGUCUUCAGAGCAGCAGGCGGCUCCUGCCAAGAAGCAGCAGGACCUUCAGGCUACAUACUCCAACUACAAGAACACGCUGCAGCAAAUAGCCCAGAAAAUUGGUGACAUUGAGCAGGAGGCUGAGGAGCACAAGCUUGUCCUUGAGACGCUGGAGCCGCUUGCGGAGGACCGCAAGUGCUUUCGACUAAUCAACGGUGUGCUGGUUGAGAGGACAGUCAAGGACGUUGUCCCGGCCCUCCAGACGAAUCAAGAUGGCCUGAAAAAGGUCUUGGACGACUUGGUGAAGCAGUACAAGACGAAACAGGAUGAGCUGGACAAAUGGAAGAAGAAGAACAAUGUUCAGGUAGUGCAACAAUGA